AUGACGUCGAUAGGAACAGGCUACGAUCUCUCCAACUCCAUCUUCUCCCCCGAUGGCCGCAACUUCCAAGUCGAGUACGCCGUGAAGGCGGUCGAGAACGGCGGCACCUCGAUCGGCAUCCGGUGCAAGGACGGCGUCGUGCUCGCGGUGGAAAAGAUUGUCACAUCCAAGCUCCUCAAGCCAGGUGCCAACAAGCGCAUCGCGACCGUGGAUAGACAUUUGGGUGUUGUAUACUCCGGCAUGCUCCCCGACGGCCGGCACUUUGUAGACCGAGCCCGCGACGAAGCCCGCUCAUGGCGCGACAACUUCAAGACCCCCAUCACAACCUCCGACCUGGCCUCCCGCAUGGGCAACUACCUCCAAGCCCACACCCUCUACCAGUCCGUCCGCCCCUUCGGCAUCACCGCCAUCGUAGGCGGCUUCGACGCCCAGGAGGAGCUCCCCGUCGACGGCCAAGUCGGCUCCGGCCCCUCGUGCGGCGCCGGCGGCAAGAACCCCGACAAGAAGUACGGCGGUCCUUUUCUCUACAUGAUUGAGCCCUCGGGUCUGUACUGGGGGUACUAUGGUGCCGCUACCGGCAAGGGGAGACAGGCGGCCAAGGCUGAGCUGGAGAAGCUGGACCUGACGGGCGAGGGGAUCACCUUGGAGGAGGCGGUCAAGGAGGCGGCGAGGAUUAUCUAUGUUGCGCACGAUGACAGCAAGGAUAAGGAGUUUGAGCUGGAGAUGAGCUGGAUCAGCGGGAGGGAUGGCCCGACUAAGGGGUUGCAUCAGGAGGUUCCCAAGGCGUUGAGGGAGGAGGCGGAGAGGUUGGCGAAGAAGUCGCUGGAUGAUAGUGAUGAUGAGGAGGAGGAGAAGAAGGAGGGGGAUAAGAUGGAGGAGUGA